AUGGCAGCCAAUGCACUCAUGAGCUGCGGGGUCGCAGCCGUUUGCCCCUCCGUCCUCUCGUCUUCCAAGUCGAAAUUUGCGGCCUCUGUGCCCGUGGCUGGUGGAGCCACCAAUACUACUGCUCGGUUCACCAUGUCGGCUGACUGGAUGCCCGGUGAACCGCGACCACCCUACCUUGAUGGCUCAGCACCUGGAGACUUCGGAUUCGACCCACUUCGUCUAGGUGAAGUCCCAGAAAACCUAGAGAGAUACAAGGAGUCUGAACUCAUUCAUUGCAGAUGGGCCAUGCUUGCUGUGCCUGGAAUCCUAAUUCCGGAGGCCUUGGGAUUGGGCAACUGGGUUAAGGCACAAGAGUGGGCAGCAGUUCCGGGCGGGCAAGCUACUUAUUUGGGUAACCCGGUUCCAUGGGGCACUCUCCCAACAAUUUUGGUCAUUGAAUUCUUGGCAAUUGCAUUCGUUGAACACCAAAGGAGUAUGGAAAAAGACCCGGAAAAGAAGAAGUACCCGGGUGGAGCUUUUGACCCAUUGGGCUACUCCAAGGACCCAGCAAAAUUGCAUGAGCUCAAAGUCAAGGAAAUUAAAAAUGGUCGUCUUGCAUUGUUGGCUUUUGUGGGAUUCUGCGUUCAACAAUCAGCAUACCCUGGUACAGGACCAUUGGAAAAUUUGGCAACACACUUGGCUGAUCCGUGGCACAACAACAUUGGAGAUAUGUCUGGUGAAUUGGUCGAUGGUGGCGGAAGCUCCUUUGAUGUUGAGUUGUCGGACAUUCGGGCUAGAUGCAAGGAGCUGAAGAAGGAAAAGGAGAUGUUGAAGGAUUCCAAGUCCCAGAGCUUUGAAUUCAUCAGAAGUUUAGAAAUGCACGUUAAGACAUUAUCUAAUGCCCAUGCAGAAGACAAGAAACGCAUCCAGGGACUGGAAAGGGAACUGAGUAAUUGCUCCCAGGAAAUUGAUUUCCUGCAGGAUCAACUAAACACAAGAAAUUCAGACGUAAACUGCCUAGGUGAGGAAAUAUGUUGCCUUCAAUUGAAACUUGCAGACAUGGAAAUUCUAGAAGAGGAGGUGGAAAGGCUAAGAGAGCAGGUGAAAAUAACCGAGUCCGAGAAGUCAUUCCUAUUGCAUGAAAUAGAUGACAAAGCAGUUGAGCUAACAAAUUCAACUUUGUGCAUCGAGAAGCUAGAGGAGUCGAUUUCCUCCAUUGGAUUAGAAUAUCAAUGUGAAAUAGAGAGCAUGAAGCUUGAUUCAGUGGCCUUGGAGCAGAAUCUUUUUGAAACUACGAAAACACUGGAAGAAAGAACUCAAGAAAAUUCUAGGAUGAAUGAAUUGAUUCAAGAGCACAAGCUUCGAUUUCAGGAGGCGGAGAAGGUUAUUGUGAGCUUGGACAAGGAAAAUAAAGAUCUAAAAGAAAAGCUUCAAACAUCUGAUGAGAAUGCCAAAUCAUUUGUCGAGAAAGUGGAAGAGAAAUUUCGUGAGUGGUUGGUGAAUGAUGAUGUCCACCCCUCGAGUAAUCAAGAGAAAUAUACACGCACGUGUGGCAACAUUCUGGGUCCACUCCUCGCUAAACUUGCUAUUCCAGGAGCAUCAGAUGCAGAUUUGAAGAACAAGAUGGAUGAAAUGCCACGCCAGAUAGCUGAAUAUGAAUGUGUUGUAAAGCAACUCAAGGAAGAACUGAGAAUGGAAAGGUUAAAAGCAAAAGAAGAAGCUGAAGAUUUAGCUCAGGAAAUGGCUGAGUUAAGGUAUCAAAUGACAGGCAUGCUUGAAGAAGAGCGCAAACGUCGUGCUUAUGUUGAACACGUAUCUUUACAGAGAAUAUCGGAGUUGGAGGCUCAGAUUGCAAAAGAACAGCAGAAAUCUUUCAACUCUCAAGAACUUGCAGUCAGGCAUAUUCAUGAAGUAUUUGUCGUCAAGAAAAUUUCUAUAGAUGAAGUGUGUGAAGCUAUGCCAAAUGUUGUCCUGAAGGAUUUUUUAGCAGAUUUUCGUACUACAUCAUCACCUUAUAGAUUGCAAGAAACAUUUUCUCGCUCUAGAUUUGUUGGCGUUUUAUCAGAAAGGGCGUUAUCCUCGGCCCUCUUCCCAAUCGAAGAUAAUCCUUUACAUCUUUGUUUGAAAUUUCAGGUUAUUAAGCUAAAGAAAGUCAAAUUUCAUCCUACAUUCUUUUGUUGUUCUAAUCCUUUUGAUGAUGAUUCUUUGGUUAACAACCAAACCCUUGAACCCUCUAGACGAACUUCCUCAGAUCCUUCUCUAGUUACCCCAAAUUCACGUAUGAAGCUUUUUGAUGACGAUGAGAUUAAGGGAACCUCGUCAUAUAAAAAUUCCAUUACUUCAGCAGAAAGAAACAGAUACAGGAAUGAUUUUCAUGAUUCUGGAGGAUUUGAGGCCCAGAGUGUACAGGAACUAGAAAAUUAUUCUGUAUAUAAGGCUGAAGAGACUACAAAGACUGUCAACAAUUGCCUCAAGAUUGCAGAGGAUAUAAGGGAAGAUGCUACUAAAACUUUAGUUACCUUGCAUCAGCAGGGGGAGCAAAUUACGAGAACUCACAUGGUUGCUGCUGACAUGGACCAUGAUCUUAGUAGGGGCGAGAAGCUGUUGGGAAGUCUUGGGGGCAUAUUCUCAAAAACAUGGAAGCCAAAGAAGGGUCGUCCAAUAACAGGGCCUGUAAUCACUCGAGAUGAUCCAGUGCAUAGAAAGGGUAACCACUUGGAGCAGAGGGAAAGACUGGGAUUAACUUCUGCCAGAAAGGAACGAACAACGCGAACACCACCUCCUGAACCUACGAAUGCAUUACAGAAAGUUGAGGUCGAAAAGGUCAAACAAGAUGACGCCCUCUCAGAUUUAAGUAAUAUUUUGGGAGAGCUGAAGGAUAUGGCUAUCGACAUGGGUUCUGAAAUUGAGAGGCAGAACAAAGCGCUGGAUCCACUUGAGAACGAUGUGGAGGAGCUGGUUGUCCGAGUGAAAGCAGCAGCCCUUUCUUCCCCUCAAAGUCCACCACAUUUUAGACCACAAUAUACAGGGCAACAUCAACCACCACCACUUGUGCCGCCACCCUCACGGCCACCUUACGAUCACAAUGAUGAGAUUGACAUGAGAUUUGGCAUCGAGAAACGACUAGUUCCAAGCGGGCCCAAUCCGCUGCACAAUUAA